AUAGGCGCGUGGGACCUGACUAAAGGCUACACAGGUACAGGAAGCGAGAAACGGUCUAGCAUGGCAAUCCCCACUUUCUCGACAGUGUUGAACUCAACGUUGUUAGGCUUCUUGUGAGAGCAGACGCGUCAUCAGCCUUCCUCGUCUCGGGCAAUACUCAAGUAACUGAAGCAAUAGACAACAUGCAGGACAUGGCGAACAACAACAAUAUUGAGCUCGUGAGUAACUGGCAUUUGCCUUCACCUCCGGAUAUCAUGGAAUUGGAAGACAAAGUAUGCCUCGGUGAUAGGCUGGAGUUCGACCGCGCCGGUGGUUUGUAUGCACACUGGGGUAUAUACGUCGGUCGAUACCAUCAUAUGAAACACGCUGUCAUCCAUUUCGGCAUGUUCGAAGGAGGGCCGGCAUUCUCCAAAAAGAAGAUAUCAGGCAGUGCGUCAUCUGCCAGCCAAAAGCCCGAGAUACGAGCUGAUACGAUUUGGAUGAUUCUCGGUGGUUCUGGCAAGGUGAGGAUUAACAACUCAAGAGACUCUGAAAGACAACUUCGCAGUUCCGAAGCCAUCAGUGAAAAGGCCAAGAAAAUGCACCGGGACAACAAGGGGAUAAAGUACGAUUUCUUAGACAACAACUGCGAGCAUUUCGUGAAUCUUUGUCGAUACGGUAAACCCCACAGUUCGCAGGCUGCAAAGCUGACGAUAAUUGUUAUCUUGGUUAUACUGGCUGCCCUAGGUGUCUUCGUCUACAUGACAAGUUCCAACGCUCAACCCGAUGAUUCUGUUACAUCAACCGCUUCGUGGACCACCUCAGUAUGACCUCAGUAUAUAGGAAGAGAAUGCCACGGGAAAUGGAGCAUUAAAUUAUUAGCGAACAUCGACAUUAUUAAUUAAUUUACAAAUGGUUCGACAAAAAUUGAUGG